AUGACGCUCGGCGGCAGCCUUGGCGCUCGGGUGCGGACCCGGCUUGCCCGUGCGGCGGCCAGGACGGUGCCGGCGCUGGGCCGCGGGCAGAGCCGCGCAGGGGCUACGGGAACCUCCAGCGUGCGGAGCCGCGUUCAGUCUCGGUCACCUGUCCCCGCUAUGGAGUGCCAGGAGAUCGAGCCUGCAGCGUGUGGCCGUGACUCUGUUUCCUGGGGCCUGGCAGGACCAUGGCUGCUGCCGUGUCACUGUCCCAGCAUCCCAGUCUUGAUCCUCCUGGGCCCUCCUGCACGCACAGACGCGGUUCUCAGCCCCUCUCCAGCUCAAGCGGACCAGAACGUCUUCGCUGCACAUCUCCGUUACGUUCCCUGCUGCAAAUUCCUGACUCACGUCAGCCCCUCGGCGCUGCCGGGGACGCGGGUGAAGCCUCUGCGCGAGCCCUGCUCCCUCCUGGGUGCCAGAGCAGCCUCCGUGAAGCAGAUCAUGGAGGAGGCUGUGACGAGGAAGUUCGUGCACGAGGACAGCAGCCACAUCAUCUCCUUCUGCGCUGCGGUGGAAGCCUGUGUCCUGCACGGGCUGAAGCGGAGGGCGGCCGGAUUCCUGCGCAGCAACAAGAUAGCGGCUCUGUUCAUGAAGGUGGGCAAGAGCUUUCCCCUGGCAGAGGAGCUUUGCAAGAAGGUGCAAGACCUGGAGCAGCUUAUUGAGAAUGCACGAAACCAAGUCCAAGGCGUCCCGGAGAGCGUGCGCAAAGUGCCGAAGCUGCCCAACCUGUCUCCUCAGGCCAUCAAGCACCUCUGGAUCCGCACAGCCCUCUUCGAAAAGGUCUUGGAUAAAAUCGUGCAUUACUUAGUUGAGAACAGCAGUAAGUACUAUGAGAAAGAAGCUCUCCUGAUGGAUCCUGUGGAUGGGCCAAUUCUUGCGUCUUUACUGGUGGGGCCCUGCGCGCUGGAGUACACCAAGAUGAAGACGGCCGAUCACUUCUGGACAGACCCGUCGGCCGACGAGCUGGUGCAGAGGCACCGCAUCCACAGCUCGCACUGCCGCCAGGACUCCCCCACCAAGCGCCCUGCGCUCUGUAUUCAGAAAAGGCACUCGAGUGGCAGUAUGGAUGACCGGCCAUCGCUGUCUGCCAGGGACUACGUGGAGUCGCUGCACCAGAACUCCCGAGCCACACUCCUCUAUGGCAAAAACAACGUCCUGGUGCAGCCACGAGAUGACAUGGAAGCAAUCCCGGGAUAUCUGUCGCUUCACCAGACUGCCGACAUCAUGGCCCUGAAGUGGACUCCCAACCAGCUGAUGAACGGCUCCGUGGGGGAUCUGGACUAUGAGAGGAGUGUGUACUGGGAUUAUGCCAUGACUAUUCGCCUGGAGGAAAUCGUCUAUUUGCACUGUCACCAGCAAGUAGACAGUGGUGGGACCGUCGUCUUGGUGAGCCAGGAUGGGAUUCAGCGGCCUCCACUGAGGUUCCCCAAAGGGGGACAUUUGCUGCAGUUCCUGUCCUGCCUGGAAAACGGCCUCCUACCCCAUGGGCAGUUGGAUCCACCCCUGUGGUCGCAGCGGGGAAAGGGGAAGGUGUUUCCCAAGCUGAGGAAGCGAAGUCCCCAGGGCUCCUCCGAGUCUGCGUCUGACAAGGAAGAUGAUGAAGCCACAGAUUAUGUUUUCAGAAUCAUCUAUCCAGGGACACAGUCUGAGUUUGUUACCAGUAAUGGUAAUUUUCCUACAUUACUUGCUUCUGCGAUCUCCGUCCCUGCCGGGAGAGGGAAGAUCCCGAGGACUCCAGCUUCAAGCAAGACGGUGGUGAUCCCCAAAUGGUCUCUGAGCCUCCUCGCCACGUCCCGACCUCCCCUUGCCACUCUGGGGGCCGUUCGGCAUCACUUCCCCCAGGAGCUGAUGGACGCGCAGGGGGGUGCCCUGCCUCCCCUGGGAGCCCCACUGAAGCUCCUGUGUGACAAUAUGAAGUACCAGAUCCUCUCCAGAGCUUUCUAUGGAUGGCUGGCCUACUGCAGGCACCUGUCCACCGUGCGAACCCACCUCUCUGCGCUGGUUAACCACAACAUCGUGUCCCCCGACGUGCCCUGCAGCGCCAGCUCGGGCCUCACCGUGGACAUAUGGCAGAGAUACCUGCAGGACAGCACGAGCUACGAGGACCGGGAGCUGCUGCGGCUGAUCUACUACGGUGGGAUCCAGCAUGAGAUCAGGAGGGCUGUCUGGCCCUUCCUUUUGGGCCACUAUCAGUUUGGGAUGACGGAGGCGGAGAGGAAGGAGGCCGACGCGCAGACCCGCACGUGCUACGAACACACCAUGGCCGAGUGGCUGGGCUGCGAGGCCAUCGUCCGGCAGCGCGAGAAGGAGUCGCACGCGGCCGCUCUGGCCAAGUGCUCCUCUGGGGCUAGUCUGGAUUCCCACAUCCAGAGGAUGAUGCACCGAGAUUCGACCAUCAGCAACGAGUCCUCGCAAAGCUGCAGCUCCGGCCGGCAGAACCACGCGCGGCUGCAGAGCGACUCCAGCUCCAGCACGCAGGUGUUCGAAUCAGUGGAUGAAGUGGAGCAGACUGAUGCAGAUGCUCAACUGGAAGAUGGCAAACAAGGCAAGAUCCCCAAUGGGACGGUUCCCAACGGCACAUAUUCCCCUGACUCUGGCCAUCCAUCUUCCCAGAACUUCUCCAUCACCUCGGGGUUCUCAGAGCGCAGCUUCAGCAACGAGGACAGCGCCCUGGAAACCACCAAAUCCUCGGCCAGUUCCCAGGGCAAGGGCGGCGGGUCCGAGGCGCCAGCCCCGCAGAGCUCAGACCCUGCUCUGCAGGGCCAGGACAGCCUGGAGGGCGAGUUUCCCCCCGCCGGAGCCAUGGACUUCGUUCGAGCGGGCGAGAGCUCGGUGGCCGCGCUGCAGGACCGCGACGCGGUGGCCCUCACUGUGGUAGAGAGCUGGGCAGACAGCGAAGCGGAAAAGCAGAGCUUGGUGGAGAGCGAAGAUAACCUCUCUGAGGAGCCAGAGAUGGAGAGUUUGUAUCCGCAGCUGGACUCCCUGGCGGUUGCUGAUCUGGCCAACAACGAAGCAUCUCCUGUCUCCUCGUCGGGUGUUACCUACUCUCCGGAGCUGCUGGACAUGUACACUGUGAACCUGCACCGCAUCGAGAAGGACGUGCAGCGCUGCGACCGCAACUACUGGUACUUCACCCCUGCCAACCUGGAGAAACUCCGCAACAUCAUGUGCAGCUACAUCUGGCAGCACAUUGAGAUCGGCUACGUGCAGGGCAUGUGUGACCUGCUCGCCCCUCUCCUGGUCAUCCUGGAUGACGAGGCUCUGGCUUUCAGCUGUUUCACUGAACUUAUGAAAAGGAUGAACCAGAAUUUCCCCCAUGGGGGAGCCAUGGACACCCACUUUGCUAACAUGAGAUCUCUGAUCCAGAUUCUAGACUCUGAGCUCUUUGAGCUGAUGCACCAGAAUGGUGAUUACACUCAUUUCUACUUCUGCUACCGAUGGUUUCUCCUGGACUUCAAGAGAGAACUGGUGUAUGAUGAUGUGUUUGCUGUCUGGGAGACCAUUUGGGCAGCUGCACACGUUUCCUCUGCACACUAUGUGCUCUUCAUAGCCCUGGCUCUGGUGGAAAUGUACCGCGACAUCAUCUUGGAGAACAACAUGGAUUUUACAGACAUCAUCAAGUUUUUCAAUGAGAUGGCGGAGCGGCACAACACCAAGCAGAUCCUGAAGCUGGCUCGGGAUCUCGUGUACAAAGUCCAGACUCUGAUUGAGAACAAAUGAAGGACCUGGGCAAGACGAGGCAUCCAGACGAAGAGCCGGGACUCCCCUCCGAUGCUUCCUGCCCCUCUUGUGCUUCUUGAAGUGCCACCCCUGUGGAAAGGAGGUAGCUGGACACUUGCUGCUCUCUGAAGUGGAAGUACCCUUAGCUCUCACAGUGCUGUGUUCAGUGUUAGGUCAGGGGCCCUGGCCCCAUUCUCAGCACUCUGCAGUGACUUAACCAAAGAUCUGUACAAUUGCAUUUUCUUGUUAAAGACUUGCUUUGGAAGCAGAACCCAGGCAGCCACUUCCUUGCCUUGCUGCAAUAGAAGUGCAGCCUGUUUGGUUACCACUACA